AUGACACCAUCGCAGUCCCCUGUUUCCUCGUCGCAAGGCGCGGGCAUUCGAGUGGCAUGCGCCGAUUCACUUGGCUCACACAACCGGGCCAUGGACCGCAUCAUCGGCGCCGCUUACCCUCCGUCGACGCGUUUCAGGGUAACGAUGAUCUUCUUCGCUUCCAACGAUACGACGCUUGUUGAACCUGUCAGGCGAUGGCCUCGCGAAGAGCCGACUGAGCCAGCCCGUCGUGUAAGAAUCGUCAUGCAUCGUCACUUUCGCGGUCAGUACGAACAUGUCCCUCUUGUCACGGCCCACUGGACCAUGUACCAGGAGAGUCAGAACAGGCAUGGUAGUGAUGAAAACUAUCGGACAAUUGCCGGAUAACAGGAACAACGACAGUUGGUCCUGACCUACGGCGGGCAAGCUGAAACAGUGGUGAUUGCCGGCACAAAGGUCUGCAACGAAUUAGUCUGGCCUCGCCGGCCACGCCACUGGCCCGGAGAUUUCCC